CCUGCGCUGCCCUCUGCCACGCGUCUCUCUCUGCUCGUCCUCUUGGAUAUCCUGCAGUCCAGAGGUGAAGGUUAUGGAUCCUAUGGAGUGUCCGCUGUGUCUGGAGCCGUUGGAGACGGACGAUGCCAACUUCUUCCCCUGCACCUGCGGCUACCAGAUCUGUCGCUUCUGCUGGCACCGCAUCCGCACAGACGAGAACGGCCUCUGCCCCGCCUGCAGAAAGCCUUACCCAGAGAACCCAGCGGUCUACAACCCCCUGUCAGCGGAGGAGCUGCAGAGGAUAAAGAAUGAGAAGAAGGCCAAACAGGUGGAGAAGAAACAGAAGACGACAGAAAACAGGAAGCACCUGGCCAGCGUCAGGGUGGUGCAGAGAAACCUGGUGUUUCUAGUGGGACUGUCACAGAGGCUGGCCGACCCCGAGAUUCUAAAGAGACCCGAGUAUUUUGUGAAGUUCGGGAAGGUCCAUAAAGUAGUCAUCAACAACAGCACCUCAUACGCCGGCUCGCAGGGUCCCAGUGCCAGUGCCUAUGUCACUUACAUCCGCUCAGAAGACGCCCUCAGAGCAAUACAGUGUGUCAACAACCUGGUAGUAGACGGCAGAACACUGAAGGCUUCUUUAGGGACGACGAAAUAUUGCAGCUACUUUCUGAAGAGCAUGGGGUGUCCCAAACCUGACUGCAUGUAUCUACACGAGCUGGGGGACGAUGCGGCCAGCUUCACUAAAGAGGAGAUGCAGGCAGGGAAGCAUCAAGAGUAUGAACAGAGGCUGUUACAGGAUCUGUACCAGAACCCCAGCUUUACCACCCAGACCUCAGGAGGGAGACGACCAAGAGCUUCUAAACCCAGCUAUCCAACAGUAACAACAGUCACGGACAAGACGUGUGGCCAGCGUUACACCCACGGGGAAGACGACCGAUGGUCUAUCGGAGCACA